GGUCAGGGGAGUUGAUCAUGUGACGAACAGACGGUUUGGAGGAACUGGCCUCUCGGCUGACAAAAAGCGUUACCAAGCAGAAAAACCGUCACAAUGAGGCUGGUGAUUCUGGACGACUACGAUCUGGCCAGUGAGUGGGCAGCUAAAUACAUCCGGAACAGAAUAAUCCAGUUUAAACCGUCUGCACAGAGAUAUUUCACUCUGGGCUUACCUACAGGAAGCACUCCCUUCGGCUGUUACCAGAAGUUAAUAGAAUAUUACAGAAAUGGAGAUAUUUCAUUCAAAUAUGUGAAAACCUUCAACAUGGAUGAAUAUGUAGGUCUACCUCGUGCUCAUCCAGAGAGCUAUCACUCCUACAUGUGGAACAACUUCUUCAAGCACAUCGACAUCGAUCCUGCCAACGCUCACAUCCUCGAUGGAAACGCCGACGACCUGGAGACAGAGUGUGCAGCCUACGAGCAGAAGAUCGCCGAGGCUGGAGGGAUCGAGCUGUUUGUAGGAGGAAUCGGCCCUGAUGGCCACAUAGCGUUCAAUGAGCCAGGCUCCAGCCUUGUUUCCAGGACCAGAGUGAAAACUCUGGCUAAGGACACCAUCGUGGCUAACGCUCGAUUCUUCGGCAACGACCUCUCCAAGGUUCCUACCAUGGCUCUGACUGUGGGUGUCGGAACAGUCAUGGACGCCAAGGAGGUGAUGAUUCUGAUCACUGGAGCUCACAAAGCCUUCGCUCUGUACAAAGCCAUAGAGGAGGGAGUGAACCACAUGUGGACGGUGUCGGCCUUCCAGCAGCACCCCCGCACCAUCUUUGUCUGUGAUGAAGACGCUACGCUGGAGCUACGUGUCAAAACAGUCAAAUACUUCAAAGGUCUGAUGCAUGUCCAUAACAGACUGGUGGACCCGGUUCUCAGCAUCAAGGAGAAGUAGAGCAGAUGAAGAUCCUCAAACAUCAGACAUGGAUGGAGGUCAUUCUUCCUCUGGUUCUGUCAUCAGAGCGCUUUUCUGACCUGGUAGAAGGUCCACCCUCACUCAGAGGUGUCAUAAUGGGAAUCUUGGGUAUGGUCAUCAUAAAACAUCCUCACUGAUUUUAGUAGUUUUCUUUUAAAGGGAUACUGUCAGUUAUUCAAGCACUCCUGGGGGUCUGGGUCUAUAUGGAGGCAGGAAACAUGAAGGUUUCAGUGAGUAAAGUAAACUCAGACUAUCUCUGCUCUCAGCGAAGGAAACUGUACUGUGUUUUAUUUUAUUUUUCUUCUUUAUUUUUCAAUCCUAAAGGUCAGGGUAAUGGGGUCAGGGUUAGGCACCCCAAUCCUAAAGGUCAGGGUAAUGGGGUGGGGGAGGGGGUAAUAUUAAAAAUAACUCACUACAAACUAAGUAAAAACCCUACAAUGGUUAGUACGCCACUUCCCACCCCACGGUCUAGGUCUGCAGCCUCUGGUGAGUCCAGGUAUCUGGUCUUGACUGAAGAUGUGUUAGUGCAGAGUAUAGACUCACAUGUGCCGUGAACGGAGCAUCAUGUGAACAACCCCAGAGUUGAUUGUACCCAAAACUGCUGCAGAGCCAGCAGACGUCAGGAUGAUCCAGUUCCGCUGAAUCAGAUCGCUCAGAGUUGGACUGCCUUCGCUGUCUGCACUUUUAAAGAGGGGGGGUUUAUCAGGAUAGAAAUAAGGAUUAAUUACUUGAUUUUCUACGAUGCUUACAUCCUUUUCCUUCGUGGUUGAAUCCUUUCUGAUAAUUCUAGAGUAACUACCCUGGGUUUUUCUCUAUUUUCAUCACAUAAAUAUGAAAGUUGAAUAAGUUGUGGUUGUAUCUGAAGGGAGAUGGUAACCUCUGCCUCUAGAUUUAAAUGUCUCUGACAGUUUUAUCCUGUCUGGUACUCACUCAGCCUCUGAAAGCUGUGAGAUGUGGCUGAAAGUUCUGAAAGAAAAGAUUGUUACUCCAGCUCAUCAUAAGGUCACAAACCAAACUCUUCCUCAUUCAUCUCCUGUAUUUUCACUAUUUUCACUUUUCUGGAGUGUCACUGUGAAGCAUGUCUGCUGGAGUGCAGAGAUCUGGUCGACUCCACUGGUUGUGAUGUUCAUUUCUACUUUUUGUUCAUGCAGCAAUGAGUGGAUUCAACACCAUCUGCUCAGACUCUGGAUUUUUCAAAACUCCAGCAUCUUUAAUUUUUUAUACCAAGGUUUGAAACAUUCCUUUUGAUUUGAUCCUGAAGUCACUCUGCCUUUUCAUGUGGCUGUUACACUUCCUCUUCAUGUUUUGCACAAAAGGAUGUAGUUUUUAACUUUCUGUUUUGUAAUGACAAUAAACAGUUUGCUACA